CAAAAUUACCAAGUCAACAAAAAAUCAGGCAGAGGGAAAAAAAAAAAACAAGACGUAAUUAUGAUUUAUCCUGCUGCAGUGUAGAAGAAUUUCCAUCAGAUCCCAAAGAACGCACCAACUCAGAAACAUGCCAAAGAGCAACACAAUCCCGAUCGCCAAACAGCUGGCCUCUAUCAAAGCUCUGGGGAAAGGCUCGGAGCUGGAGAAAUCCGUAGCCACCAUGGUGCUUGUUUAUAAUUCAUACGCAGACAACGAUGGGAAAAUAAGUAAAGCGUGUGCUAAGGAUUUACUGCACACACAGUUCCAGCACUUCAUACAGGGUCAAGAUACAAAGCCAAAGUACAAAGAACUAAUGGAAGACUUGGAAAAAGACAGCGAAGGACUUAUGAGCUUUGAAGACUUUAUGGUGUUGCUGUUGAGUGUAUUGUUGAUGUCUGACCUCUUCCUGGAAAUCAGACAAACUAAGAACACAAAAUAAAAUGUAUUCGUCUAUGGCUUA